CAGAGCACGCUCAAGCACACGCCCCGAACCACCCUCGGCCGCCCUCGCCUUCUAGCGCCGUCGUCCCCACCCCAGUGCCCCUCCUCACUUCGUUCCCUCGUGUUGCGCCCGCCUCGCCCGCUCAGCCGUAGCAGCGACCCGCUCAACAGCUCCCCUCGCCCAUCCUCUCGACCCUCACCACACCAACCACAGCAACAUGGGCUGCGGUGGUUCCAAGGACGCUCAGCGCGAGGCCGACUACCAGACGGCCGUCCGCGAGCGCAAAAACGAGGAGGAAAAGGUCAUCGCCCGGCGCGACAUCAAGCUGCUUCUCCUCGGUACCGGCGAGUCGGGCAAGUCGACGAUCCUGAAGCAGAUGCGGCUACACCACCUCGGCGGGUACACGGACGAGGAGCGCGACGGCUACCGGGAGAUUGUCUACGCCAACUUGAUCCAGUCGAUGCAGGUCGUGAUCGAGGCGCUGCACGACCUCAACAUGCCGCUCCCGCCGACACUGCGCGACAAGGCGGCCUACGUCAUGUCGAUCCGCGUCUCGGCGCACGACCCGUGCCCGCCCAUGCUCGACCCGAUGGUGACCAAGGCGCUCGUCGCCCUGUGGUCCGACCCGACGACCAAGGCGUGCGUGUCCAAGUCGCGCGAGUUCCAGCUCAACGACAGCGCGAGCUACUACUUCGACGCCGCCGAGCGGAUAGGCGCCCAGGACUACGUCCCGACCGACCAGGACAUCUUGAGGUCGCGCGUCAAGACGACGGGCCUCACCGAGGAGCGCUUCCAGGUCGGCCAGCUCAACUACGUCGUGUUUGACGUCGGCGGCCAGCGCAGCGAGCGCAAGAAGUGGAUCCACUGCUUCGAGAACGUCAACGUCCUCAUCUUCCUCGUCGCCAUCUCCGAGUACGACCAGACGCUGUACGAGGACUCGGACAUCAACCGCAUGAACGAGGCGGCGGGCCUGUUCGAGAGCAUCUCGAACAGCAGGUGGUUCGCCCAGUCGAGCGUCAUCCUCUUCAUGAACAAGACCGACCUCUUCAAGGCCAAGCUCAUCACGUCGCCGAUCUACGAGUACUACUCGGACUACGAGGGCCCGUCCGACUACCCGACCGGGUGCGCCUACAUGGAGAGCAAGUUCCGGCCGCUGUACCGCAACGAGGCAGCCCGGCCGCUCAUUGUCCACUUUACCUGCGCCACCGACACGGAGCAGCUCAAGGUCGUCUUUGCGGCGGUCGAGGAGAGCAUCCUCAAGGCGGCCAUGGAGGACCUCGGCCUGUUCUGAGCGGCGUCUCGACCCUCGCGACGCCCAGUCGCCGUCGUCCUGUCUCUCGCGCCCCGACCACGCUCCGUCGCACGCCUUCUUCUUUGUCGUACCCCUCUCCUUCCGUGUCCCCUCGUCCUCCUCUCCCCUGUCGUGUCCGGCUGCGGCCCGUUGGGUACCUCUCGCCCCUUCUUCCCUCUCCUCGUCCCCGCCCCGUCCUCGUCCUCCUCGUCUCGCGGUCUUGGUUUCAGUUGGAAUCGCAUAGUCUUAUUCAUGCCGUCA